UCCUCGUUUCGUUUGUAUACAACAACUACAGACUUUCUUUUAAAACUCUUUGGCAUCACAAGAAGAAAGAAAAAAAAAAAGAUAUCAGAAAUGUUAUGUGCCUCUAAAGCAUCAACAACAAACAUUUGCUCAACCAUGAACCAAACCUCACAACCUUCAUCUCCAGCCACAGUCCGGCUCGGUGGUCGAGCCAUUGACCGUCAUAACCCAAUCAUACGUGACGGUCGGAGACUCACUCCUCCACCUUCUCCAAACAAUAAUUCCUCUUCUUCUUCUUCUUCUACAUACCAUACUCCUCUUAAGACUAGAUUGGGCCUAGAAAGUACUGAGCAAAAACGUGUUGCGAAGAGGAAGAGCAAGAAAAGUGACUGUGGCGUUGGUAAGUCACCGGUUGGUUGUUUUAGCAGUGACACUCCUCAAGGUUCUUCAAGGUACUUAUUGAGCAAUCCGGUUUUCUUUGACGGGUUUGUUGACUCCGACCCGAUUCCAUUACCUAUUGAACGGGAGAUAACCAUAGCUGAUAAUUUGGAUAAAACUCACGAAGAUAGAUUGAUAAUAAACGCCUCUAAGUUUCUCUCUUCUUCUCCUUCUUCUUCUUCAUUCUUGGAGAAGAAGCAACCCGAUUUCUUCGAUGGAUUCUUGGAUUGUGAUCCGGUUAUGUCUCCGGAUAAUCCUUUCUCUGAAUCCACAAAGGCUUCUCCGACAGCAUCUCAGAGCUCUCUUGAAGAUAAAGAUGUUUCGUCUCCCGAUUUCAAAUUCUCUCCUCCACAACCCCCACCACCUCCUCCACCACCAUCGCCGCCGCCACCGGAGAAGAACUCAUCUUCCGAUCAAGUUGUUGUUUUGAGAGUGUCACUUCACUGCAAAGGCUGUGCAGGGAAAGUCAAGAAACAUCUUUCGAAAUUGAAAGGAGUGACGUCGUUUAACAUAGACUUCGCUGCAAAGAAAGUUACCGUGACGGGAGACGUAACGCCGUUAACUGUGUUGGCGAGUAUUUCCAAAGUUAAAAACGCACAGUUUUGGCCUGAGAUUAUUCAGAAGUAAUUUCUUUUUUCCUCUGUUUAUUUUUCUAUGUUGUUAUGUUCAUGUUGGAAAACAAAAUUUGUGAAAAUGUUACUCGCUUUUGGCCGUUUAUUUGUGUGUGGAAUUGGUAAUGGCAUGAAAAUUUA